AUGAAAUCACUAGUCGUUGCAGGUGCCGCCGGCGGCAUUGGCCAGCCUCUUUCCCUCCUCCUCAAGGCCUGCCCUCUCGUCGACCACCUGUCACUCUACGAUGUCGUGAACACCCCUGGUGUCACCGCGGAUCUCUCCCACAUCUCAUCCGUCGCCACCAUUGAUGGCUACCUCCCGGAGAAUGGAGAGGGUCUCAAGAAGGCGCUCAAGGGCGCCGACAUCGUCGUCAUUCCAGCCGGUAUUCCACGCAAGCCAGGCAUGACCCGUGACGAUCUCUUCAAGAUCAAUGCCGGUAUCGUGCAAGGUCUCGUCCAGGGCAUUGCAGAGAACUGCCCAGAUGCAUACAUUCUGGUCAUCUCCAACCCAGUGAACAGCACUGUACCAAUCGCCGCCGAGGUGCUCAAGAAGGCUGGCAAAUUCAACCCAAAGAAGCUCUUCGGUGUGACCACCCUCGAUGUUGUCCGCGCCGAGACCUUCGUACAGGGCAUCACCGGCACCAAGGACCCAUCCAAGACCGUCAUUCCAGUCAUUGGUGGCCACUCCGGCGAGACCAUUGUGCCGCUCUUCUCCAAGGCUGAGCCACCCGUCGAGAUCCCAGCCGACAAGCUCGAGGCUCUCACGACUCGCGUCCAGUUUGGUGGUGAUGAGGUCGUCAAGGCCAAGGACGGUGCAGGUUCCGCCACUCUCUCCAUGGCCUACGCCGGAUUCCGCUUCGCAGAGAAGGUCAUGCAGGCUGCCAAGGGCCAGUCUGGUAUCAUUGAGCCAACAUUCGUGUACCUUCCAGGUAUCGACGGCGGCGAUGCUAUCGUGAAGGAGACCGGCCUUGAAUACUUCUCGGUCCCAGUCGAGCUCGGCAAGGAGGGUGCAUCGAAGGCAAUCAAUGUUGUCAAGGAUGCCAAUGACUUCGAGAAGAAGCUUCUCACCAAAUGCUACGAGGGUCUCAAGGGCAAUAUUGAGAAGGGUAUUGAGUUCGUGCUCAAUCCACCAAAGAAGUGA